CGUAAUUUCACUAUCAGCGGGGGAGGGGGGGGGGGCAUACAAGAGAACUUGGCUCAAAGACGCCAAACACAUCCCCUUCUUCCCAGCUGGCCCAGCACGUCCCCUUCGUCCUUCCUUUCUCCUAGGGAAGGUUUUGUCUGUGGUGCACGUCAUGGCCUCGACCUCGCCGAACGCCGACAAUGAUGGCACCACCGAUCAGGUUUUGGUAGAAGACUGCAGGUUUACAAGGAUAUUGACGCUUAACAGGCCUCAACAGCUGAAUGCUCUGUCUACUCCAAUGAUUAUGAAGCUACUGAAGCUUUUUGUUGCUUAUGAGAAGGAUUCUGAUGUCAAAUUAUUGAUAGUGAAGGGAAAUGGAAGAGCAUUUUCUGCUGGAGGGGAUGUUGCAUCAGUUGCCCGAUCUGUAGCUCAAGGUCAAUGGGCUCUGGGUACAGAAUUCUUACGGAAUCAAUAUACCUUAGAUUACAUAAUUGCAACUUACGGCAAACCUCAGGUUUCUAUUCUAGAUGGAAUUGUCAUGGGUGGCGGGGCUGGCGUUUCAAUACAUGGUAGAUUUAGAGUUGUCACGGAGAAAACGUGCAUUGCCUUCUCUGCUGUGUUAAUUGUUACUGGAAGGAAAACUACUAAAGAUGUUUUCACUAUGCCAGAAACCUCACUGGGAUUCUUCCCAGAUAUAGGCGCUUCAUAUUUUUUAUCAAGGCUUCCAGGAUUCUUCGGGGAAUAUGUUGGCUUGACCGGUGCAAGGUUAGAUGGGGCUGAAAUGCUUGCAUGUGGCCUAGCAACUCACUUUGUCCCUUCUACGAAUUUGGCAUAUCUGGAAGAUUUGCUCACUAAGGUGGAAACUUCUGAUCCCUUUGUAAUCUGCGCAAGUAUUGAUCAGUUCUCACAAAUGGUGCCUCUGAAAGCGAGUAGUGCUUAUAAUAGAUUGGAUAUAAUUGACAAAUGCUUCUCCAAAGAAACGGUCGAAGAAAUUAUAUCUGCUCUUGAGAAGGAAUCUGCUAGCAUGGCUGAUGAGUGGAUUGUGGUUGCAAUUCAGGCAUUGAAAAAGGCAUCUCCUAUCAGUCUAAAAGUCACUCUUAGAUCGAUCAGAGAAGGGAGACUGCAAGGAGUUGAUCGUUGUCUUACGAUGGAAUUCAGAUUGUGUUGUCAUAUAUUACGUCUCGAAGCCAGCAAGGAUUUCUUAGAGGGUUUCAGGGCUAUAUUGGUGGAUAAAGACAGGAAUCCGAAGUGGGAGCCUCCUAGAUUGGAUCUGGUAGAUUCCAAGGUGGUUGAUCAGUAUUUUGCCGAGGUCGACGACGCAAACUGGGAGGAGCUAAAACUCCCAUCAAGACGCAAUCUAGCUGCCAACUAUGUGUCAAAGAUGUGAAAGGAGUAUUGAUGAAUAAAAGGAGGUUCUUAUGUUGGGUAUGCCACCUUCACUCUACAAAGUUCAGACUGGUAUUGUAUUGGUCCGUGCUAAUCUAUUGUGUGUCAUUACAUCGAUAUAUCGUUUAUAUAUAUAUAUAUAUAUAUAUAUAUAUAUAUAUACUGUCGGGUGUAUCGUAAACAAUAUAACUAUAUUACAUAAAUAAAGUUGGUAUGAGACUAUUGUAAA